GGGAAGCGGAGCGGCGGGGCUGGCAAGGAUAAUCAAGAUGGCUGCUACCUCCCAGUUUACCAGUCGGUACAAAAAGGAUCUGAGUACAGAAACCAUCAGAACAAAAGUUGCUCGCAGAAAAUCCAUGCUCCAAAAGGAGAACAGACACAAGAUGUUUGAAAAGGGCAGACAGUUUGGAUUGACAGAUGUCAAUGUUCAGGUGUCAAGAACGAGGGGAAUUUCUCAAGUAAGUGGGGCAAGUGAAACGUGCUCACAAGAAAACAGCAGUUUGAAACAGAAACAAUCUACAGAUGCAGCCAAGAGGAUGAAUGAACGCAGGGAAAUGCUUCAGCGUUAUAAAGAAGAGAAGGAACUUCGAAAACUAAAAGAGCAAAGAGAAAAAGCAAAAAAGGGUGUGUUUAAAGUUGGGUUAUAUAAACCGACUGCAUGUGGAUUUCUUUCACUUGCCCCUGAAGUUCCCACAACAGUGAAGCCAAAAGAAAAGGCAGCUCCUGCUUUCUCUGAGAGGAUUACUCGAUCAAAGGCCAAGAACCAAACAGAAAAGGCUGUGAUAUCAACUGCAUCUAAGCCCUCUACGGUCUGUGCCAAUGGACAUAGCGUGCGCCCCACGCAAACAGGACGUAAACAGAUGAGUACAGACAAACUGGCUGAAAAGGUGAAAGUGUUGCAGACUUCAGCCCAAACAGCCUCAAAUGUAAGAAUCACCAGAGCGGCUGCCUCUGCAGCUAGGCAGGUGCUGAAAACAACUGCUGCUACUACUGGUAACCUGUCACAGAGAAAGCCAGCAAAUGCAGCAAAGCAGAAGAAAGCAGUCAAACCUGAUGUCAUAGAGAUAAUUCCUUUUAAACAUGAGGCGAAUGAAAAUGCUCCAAUGGACCCAGUGAUAUGUUCAGCAUCAGAACUUGAACAGGAACAGACAUCUGUAGAAAAGAACAAUUCUGCUCCAGGAAGACCCAGAACACGCUCCUUUGCACCACAAAAUUUUGUGUUUCAGCCCUUAGAAGGACUAACGACUUACAAAGUUACACCCAUGACUCCUUCUAGGGCAAAUGCUUUUUUGUCACCUGAUGCCUUCUGGGAUUUUUCCAAAUCUCCAGUUAAUACCAUUGAAAAAUCCAGUGAAACUAAGCUACAGGAGCCUAAUUUAAAGUGUCAGACUUCACCUUCUGAUCAAGACAUUCAAGAACAGCAAAUGACUACAAGUUUGAAAGGUGAAGCAAGCGAAUCAGAUAAGAAGACUUCCAUUCAGAGAUCUAAUGAAACAAUUCCUGUAUCUACAGAGAUGGCAGCGACUGAAACAAAGUCAGAUGAUGUAAGAGAGCAAGAGCAUGAUGUGCCCUAUUUCAGAAACAUUCUUCAAUCUGAGACAGAAAGACUGAUGUCUCAGUGCCUUCAGUGGGAUGGAAAACUUGAGCUGGGCAUUCCAGAGGAUGCCGAAGAUCUCAUUCGCACAACAGUUGGUCAGACAAGACUGCUUAUAGCAGAAAGGUUUAAACAGUUUGAAGGACUGGUGGAUAACUGUGAGUUUAAGCGGGGUGAAAAGGAAACAACAUGUACAGACUUAGAUGGAUUUUGGGAUAUGAUUAAUUUUCAGAUUGAAGAUGUGAAUAAGAAAUUUGAUGAUCUGCAGAAGCUUCAAGAUAACAAAUGGCAACCAGUUGCUGUACCAGGCAAAGAAGUUGUCAAGAAAAAGACUGUUUCAAAUAUGGUAUGUAAACCAAAGCUGGGUGCAGCUGGAAGGACUGCUGCCCGAAGCCGGCUUGCUGCUGUAAAAGCAGCUAUGAGGGAUAAAAUGAAACAUGAUGGAGCUGUUGAUAGUGCAUAUCAGGAUAAGCAACCAGAAGUAGAAAAAGUGGUUUUUGAAGCAGGAUUCUUCAGAAUUGAAAGCCCUGUGAAAAGCUUUCCAGGUUCACUUUCAAAGACUCCUCGCAAAUCAUCCCAGCAGACUUCUGAAAGUCUGACAACUCCAAGGUCAUCCAGAAGAGCUUUGCUGCAGAGUAGUUCUGUUCUUUGUAGCCCUGAGGAUACAAGUGCAAAACAAACACCACCACUGCUCAAAGGCUGCCACCCAGCACAACAUUUGGAAAUGCACCCACUUCCCACUGAAACAACUCUCCCUAGUGGCUUUCUUGAUCAAAGCAUUUCCCUAGUUGCAGAAGAAUGCAAUUCUGUUCCUGGCGCAGCAGAGGGGACUGGGGUGCUGGAAAAUUGUAGCAGUGAGUUAAAAGUAGUGGAUGGCAUGGAAGGGAUGGAACUAUCUGCUGCAGAACAACAAGGGCAAGAUAUCACCAUGUGCAGUCCAGAGAAGGAUAUGUGCACUGGGUUCAGCUUCACUCAGUCUGAAGAACCAAAAACGCAUCAAAUGGAUGUUUUGUCUAGUGAUUUGGCUUCCAUUGACAAAAAUCCUUUAGAUACACCCAUGCUGGAUGGUGAGCUUCCCUUCACUCCAGUCAAGAACAACGUCCAGAAUUUUGCAGCAGCUGAAACGUUCAGUGACCUGAUUGUAUUUUCUCCUCUUUCUUCCUCUGCGGAAAAAUGAAUGACUGGAAAUUUAAAACGAGUAAAUUAUAUUCAGUAAAAAACAGAGGCUGUCUGGAAUGCCAGUCUGCAACCCUUAAACUGUGUUCUUCAUGAGGCCUAUAGUAUUUUAUAGUGGAACUUGUUUGAAAACUUGGUAACAUUUCUGCCAUGAGCAGUAGUGCAUUCACUGUGCACUGUAAAUAUUGCUGUGCAGUAGUAGUGCUGUUUGCUGGCUUUACCUCCUGCAUCCAAUGAAUAUGUAUUCUGACUCCAACCUGAAGUAGUCUUAUUUUUGUAUAAUUUCAUGUAUUUCUCGUCUCCUUCAAGUUGUAAAACUGUCCAUCUUUAAUCUUUUCUGUCUUGAUCUUAUUAUUACCUCAUGAGUUGUUUUUAUAAGAGAUGGGAUAAGGUAUGGGAUAAGGAAGACACGUUCCAUUAGCUGUACCUAUCUCCAUUUGUGAUGAGGGCACCUCCAGAGGUGCCUGUUAUCUACCCUAAGGCACUGUUUUGUAUUUAAUCAGUGCUGUGAGUGUGCUGUUGCACCCUUUAGCUCCAGUACUCUAUGCAUUAACUGCACCUAAUCAGCAGAUGGGAUGGGGUUUGAUUCUUUUCUUUCCUGUGGGAUUUUUCCUAUUGCCUAACAACCACUUGCUUCGUAACAGCAGAAAUUUAAGCAAGCAUUUCAAAGUCAGAUAAUACCUAUUCCUUACAGUGUAUUAAAUAGGGAUGGAUUUUUGAAGAUGCUCAGUAGUGAGCUGUGUCAUUUAAGUACCUUCAAGCUAAAUCCCAUUUUCUUUCCUUUUCCAUCUGGAAGUCUCUUAACGACUCUCCUUGAGCAUCUGCUCGUUAACCUCAGCCUCCUCUUGCAUCUUGCUCCUUAUGUAUUCUCUCAUCUGGACUCAUAUUUAUUCACAAGAAGUGUGGCAGCUCCUGCUACUCAAACAUGGAGUGUAUAUGUAGUAGAGUACCUCCAGCUGUUAUAUUUUUAAGAAGUGCCUGAUCAAGCUGCUGCUUGUAAUGUUGGUCUUGAGGUGGUGCACACAUUCUUCCACUGGCCUUUAUUGUAAACUAAGCAAAUGCAACAUAACCCUUCAGCAGAAGGCAUUGUCAUUACAUCUGGGGCUUCUCGUUGGACUGCAGUUCUAACUUGGAAGUUGUGUACUGAUUGCACUGAAAUAAAUGGAGGAAGCUGACCUGA